CAGCAUGUCGGAUACAGGGCUUGAGCGCGUGCCAUCCUUCCUUCCUGAAAUUUGGACAUGGUACGGUGUUGGAAUGUUCAUUCUCUUUAUGAGGUUCGCUGCGCGAUUGAGAACUGUUGGCAUUCGUGGCCUGGAGUUAGACGAUUUCUUCGCUUCUCUGGUGGCCAUUAUGUACACUUGCGAUGCCGCGACAGUGCACCUUGUUUACAUGAAAGGAUCCAACGUCGAGGCAGCUGCAUUUCAGGAGACACGAAAACUCACGAACGAAGAGAUCCAUCAAUAUACUGUUGGUUCUAAGCUACAACUCACUGCGUGGUAUUCGUACACAGCCCUCUUAUGGUGUCUCAAAGGAACGAUGCUGGCUUUCUUUCGGCGCAUUACCACCGGUCUCUGGCACGCCCGGAUCGUGAGAUGGAUGUCAUAUGCUUGUGGAAUAUCUUAUAUCGCAGUUGUCCUCACUGUAACUUUCGGGUGCUUUCCCACAGACAAGAAUUGGCAGGUUUAUCCUGAUCCUGGAUUGAAAUGCACUUUCAAGAUGCAAAACUUCAUCGUCACCGUAGUAUUGAACGUCAUUACCGACGCGGGUCUGUUGUGUAUCCCCUUGCCACUUCUCUGGACGCUGCAGGUUCCCCUACGCAGAAAACUUGUCAUCGGUAUCCUCAUAUGCUCCGGUUUUUUUGUCAUCGCCGCCGCCAUUAUCCGUGUUGUACUCACACUCGGUGCCAGUCCAAGCGGUACCAAUAUCAACCGCUGGGGCGUCCGCGAAACGAUUGUGGGAAUUGUCUCUGUCAACAUUCCUAUCCUACGUCCCCUCUUCACGAAGAGCUUCUGGACCGGCGAUCCUCACUCGAUACGCUCCCCUUACCACCACACCGUCGGAAAGUCGACAACUGGCAAAUCCAGGGCAAUGCGCGAUGUGGAGGGAUCAUAUGAGAUGGCAGGAAGUAUGAGCGACGGCAGGCCAGGAAGCCAGGAUUUGAUCAUCAAGAAGAAUGAUCCGCAUGAGAAUGAGAUUCAUGUGCAUACCUCCUAUCAGGUCGAGUCGGAGGAUAAUAGGAGCGAGGUCGAGAGCAGCGAGUGGCAAAAGGACAGGAAAGUCCAUACAAAAAUUACUACCAACCGUGAAGGAGUUUAG